GGACCCCAACCUCGUUCUUUGUUGAGACUAGUGGAGUUUGGGGGACAAAAUUGUGCCCACCAGGGAGAAACCCGUACGAAAGUUUUUUGAUUUUUUGAGGACAAUUCCGGCCGAAAGUUGGAAGGCCGCAUACCUCUUGCAGCGGUUGUCUUUCUUUCUCGCCGGAGUUCUUCGCUACUGUCUGCCAGUUUCUAGAAUCUGGCCUUCUUGGAGGAGCCGCUGGGAUAAAGGUUUUAUUUUGUCUUUAGUUAUAGAUAUACGAUGUCUGAUUUCUGAGAGGCAUAAGAAUAUGUGGACUUUUAUCUUUUCCAUUGAAUAUAUUUGUUAAAGCUUCGGAUUUAUGAAUUAAAGAAAAAAAUCUGAAUGUAUGUGUUUGCGAAACAUCCAUUGAAGCUUAUGAUUUUUUGGAUUUGGUAAAGCUUUGAAACAAUUUGCCGAAGUGUAUGAAUUUUGACAUUGCUAAAAGGAAAACUGUGCAUCUGAAUAUAUGUAAUUGCAUAAGAUUUUGGAUCUGUGAUUUUCCGAUUGCUUCUGAAUUUAUGAAAUUGCUAAAGCUUGAAACAAUUUACUCAAGCUUAUGAGUUUAUGAAGCUGCAAAAAGGAAAGAAUACACGAAGUAUAUCUGAAUUUAUAGAUUUUCUAAAGAUUUUGAAUUUAUGAAUAAAGCUUUGGAAGAGUUUUCUAAAGCUUCUGAAUUUUUUUCGUCUUCUUCUUUUGAAUUUUAUAACAUUUCCUUUAUUUUCUUUGGAAGCUCCAGAAAUUAAAAGUAUAGUUUAACUCUGUUUUAUGGCAGCUGAUUUUUUUUUCACAGUGAGAUUGAGUGGUUUUGGUGUUUUAUAUGUAUCACGAGCUUUACCCCUUGAGAUACCUGAGACUGAAAUAAAAGCUCUACUCUUACAUCAAUAUAACUUAUAUAAGUAUGCAAUUUAUUUAUAUAAGUUAAGGAUGUAAACUUCAUUGAGUCAAUGACGAAAGAUGUAAAUGUUGUUUUGCUGGGAUGUGUUACCAAUAUGGCAUUAAGGUGUGCAUCUCUCACUCUAGUUUAGCGUCGCUUAUAUUGUGAACUUUUGGUCUUAACCUUUUAAAGCCAACUUUUUAACUUAGGCUCUGCCAUCAGCUUUGGCUAAAACUUGAACCCACCUACCAAUAAUGUAGUAUGAAUUCCUCACUAGAUGGCAUUAGGUGAUUAUGAUAGUUCUGCCCCCUUUAAAAUUUAUGAUAGCUUACUUCAAUCUUGAUGUCAUUUCUUGUCUAUUGGACGUAUGAGUCCGAUCGAGCCCACACAUGGUUUGGCAUGCCAGGUCUUUUUGUUUUAAGGGUCACAAGGCUCCUAGAGUGGAUAGCUUUAUCGUCCGUUCUUGGUGUUCACAGUUUCAGGAUGCUGAUGUUGAUAGUUGGAUAUGGUUUGCAAUACAAAAGGAAGUAUAAAUGUUUGAAUUAGACUUGGAAGGGCGUCGUCGGACCUGUAAAUACAAGUUAUUGGCACCGUAGUGUUCAUUUGUUAGCCUAAGAUCCAUCAAGUUGGGCAUGUAAAUGUUGAGGAUGAUAUGGUUCAUUAUUUAUUGGAAUCGUGUCUGGAUCUGGAGAGUUUAUGGAUAGAGUACUCAUAUUGUACGAAGAAUGUCCGAGUUGUUGCACGGUUGCACCAAACUUGAAACAUUUGAAACUACAUUGCUGCGAGAUCCAAAGGGUGGAGAUAAUCUGUGCAGCUAGUCUUGAAACAUUUUCAUACAUGGGAGUGAAGGGAGUCGAGUACUUUUUGAAGAGUGUUCCAAAUCUCACUGGACUAUGCCUCGGGGGAUGCUUCGCUCUCCUUUCUUCAUGAAUCUUACAAACACUCGAGUUAUUCUGUUCAUUUGACAGACCUGAACUUGGGUCUUUCUCCCAUGGUUUGCUUGACUGGCAUUGAAGAAUUAUAUAUUUAUUUACUUGCUACAAGUAAUAAUUACCGAUAUUCUUAACUUUGGCUUUUGUUUUUCUUUACAGGACUUGCAGUCCUUGAGAAUAGCAAUUCCUCUUGACACUAUUCUCUUCUCUCGAGAAGCUGACUGUGGGUAGCAAUUCGCCAGUUGGGCGAAGUAUUCUUUUCUUCACUUUAUUGAUCAAGGCCUCUCCUCGCUUACGCGAAUUCAAAAUCACAGUGAACGAUCUCUCCCCACCCCACUAUAUGUGUGUGUGUGUUUAGGGCUUGACUAUUCUUACAUGAAGAUUAUUUACACCAUUUUGACAUUGAGAACUCAAAAUAUUGCAACAUUACUAUAAGCUAAUGAAAUGAAUACAAGUAU